AUGGUGUUAUUAGAUAUAUGGAAACGUACUAGUGGUGGAUUUAUAACGUCGAAUCACUCUGAAGAGAAUAUAUCCACAUCAGAUAUUGCCAGAACCAAUAGUAAGACUAGUGCUACAACUAGCAAUAAUAGAAAUCUUAUAGAAAGAAUUAAAGGAAGAUCUGCUUUUAAAUCUGCACAAAGAAGAAAAUCUAUAAAUUCAUAUUCAGAUUGUGUGAAACAGCAUUAUUUGGUUUUAAAGGAUAACCCUCACUGUUUAUAUCAACCAGGACAGAGUAUUAAUGGAGAAUUAGUAUUAGAACUGAAAUAUGAUGUUUCUAGUGUUAGCCUGCAAUUAAGUUUAAUUGGAUCUAUUAAAGUUAAAGUUAAAAAUUCUACUGGUACAGGUUUGAAAACUUUGAAACCAGUGGAAUUUUUAAAUAAAUCAAUUAUUUUAUAUGGAAACCCUGAUGAUAACAACAACAACAAUAAUAAUAAUAAUAAUAAUAAUAAUAAUAAUAAUAAUAACAAUUCCAUAGGCUUAUCAAGGGGUCUCCAUAAAUUCCCUUUCAGAUUAGAAUUACCUUCUAAAAGGAAACUUUAUAACGAAAUUAAAUUUGAAAGAGGCUCAGUAGAAUAUUAUUUACAAUCAAGUUUGAAAGUAUCUAAUUCAGAUUCAAUUUUAUCACUCUGUAAGACCUCAUUUCAUAUUUUUGUCGCAUUGGAUGUAUCAUCUUAUUUAAAUAAACCAAGAAACAAAACAGUUGUUUUAAAAUCUUCCUCGUCUGCAUUGGCCUUUCCUUCCAUAGCAAAUAAAAAUAAACUAUCAGCUAAUUCUUUUACUAAUUCAAGUCUGGUAGCCACCAGAAAUAAUAGUGUUGGCAGUAGUGCUAAUCUCAGUGUUAGCAAUGCUAGUAAUAAUCAGAGUAUAAGUAGCGGUAGUACUAGUACUAGUAGUAGUGCUAGCAGUUAUCUAGGGAUCGGUGGAGAUGGAUAUGAUUCACAUGAAAGGGAUCUUGUGUCCAUAAAUAGCGAUACAUUGAAUCCAAGCGUAUCUGAAACUGUUAAAUUAGCUGUAUCAAUACCACAAUCUGGGUAUAUAUUAGGCGAAACUAUACCAAUCAAUAUUAAUAUUCAACAUUAUAAAAAUUAUUUCCAUUCCUCAGGUAUUAUUAUCACAUUGGUUAGGAUCUGUAGAAUCGGAUCCAUUAAAGAUAUCAAUACGGAGACAUUUCGUAAGGAUUGUUGUCAAACAGUGUCUCCUUUGACUUUAGAUGAAUCAACAAAUUUUCAAUUCAAUAAAAUUAUACCACUAACUGUUCCAUUAGACGUUUUUGCUACUUUUAAUACAAAGUCAAGACACGAUGGACUAUUCCAUUUUAAUUAUUACAUCGAAGUGCUAAUUGACUUAUCUAAUAAAAUGAAGACAGGUAUUACUAACAAUAAUAACAGUAGUAAUAAAAAUGGUAGCAAUAAUGGUGUUAAUACAAGGAUUACUAGUGCAUUAGAUACUAAUGAUUACCACAAUGUUAUUAUGGCUUCUACUAUAGACAAUAGCAAUAUUUUACCCCCAGUUGCUAUAAGUGAUGAUCAAACAAUAUAUAAUGAGGAAGAUAUGAUUAAUGUUGAAACCUUAAAAAGACACAGGAAUGCUACAGGAAUGUCCAUUGAAAUAAUUAUUGGUAACGUUAAAAAUGUUAAGCCAUUAGCAGCCACAAUACCAAAUCAAUCGACACAACAAGCACCGAUAUUUGAGGAAUUGCCUGACUAUACACCAUCAAAUGAUCCUAAUCGCCAAAUUUUAUUAGAUGAAUCCAUUAGACUCAAUGAAGAUAAGCAAGAUUUACAAAGACAACAAUUAGAACAAUUAGAAUCAGAGCCACCUGAAUUUUAG